AUGGAACGUAAAGUCGUUUCAGAGGUUGAGACUGACGAGCCCGCAGAGAGCAGAGACUCGGACGCGCACAGCAUAACUGUUGCAAGUGGCAACUCCGCACUCGAGCAGACCAAGUUCAUUCCCGUCGGCGGCGAGAACUUGCGCCCUUCAGAGAACCCAACACCUGAGUACGCAGACAGCGGACGCGUUGGCGUUUCCCGGACGCCCACCGAUCACUGCUCAAACGGCGAAUCGGACGGCUGCCGGGCGUCCGUACUGCGGUCUUUGCGGGUUAACGUUCUGGUGGAGAGUCUGCGGCUGCACCGGUGGGGCUUUUGGACGGCGUCGGACGCUGAUGAAGCCGAUUCGGACGCAGCGGCGUCUGAUUUGGACGCUGAUGCGGACUGGAAUUCGAUGUCGAGCGACGAGGUGGAUCUCUUUUUCCCGGACGAGGGAGAGUACGAGGACUCGGACGGGGCGACCGGGGAGACGGUCAUCCUGCAGCUGCAGGCGUGA